AUGGCAUCUUCUACUGCCGAAGAACCUCUCUUGUCAAAUCAGUACGGCGAGGAAGAGGAGAAUGAGGUGGACGAAGAUGUCUCAUUACUUCUCGAGAAGAAUUUGACUAAACCUGGGGUAUUCGUUUGGUUACUUGCUUUUUCGGCAGACGACACUGGCGUAAUAUCCUCCACCCUAAUAAGUCUCCAUACUUCUCUCGGCCGCUCCUUAACAACCCUCGAUAAAUCCCUAAUAACAUCAUGCACCUCUCUCUUCGCCCUCAUCAUCUCUCCCCUUUCCGGCAUCCUCGCCUCCUCUCUCGGUCGCAAACGUGUUGUCCUUCUAGCAGACCUAGCAUUCGUUCUCGGCGCACUCAUCCAAGCGUUCACAACCACGGUAUGGGGCAUGAUACUUGGCAGAAGUAUUGUGGGACUCGCGGUCGGAGCAGGUAGCUUCGUUGCUCCGUUGUAUAUAAGUGAAUUAGCACCAACUAUGUGGAGAGGCAGAUUAGUGGUGUUGAAUGUAUUGUUUAUUACAUUGGGACAAGUUGUGGCUUACAUUGUUGGCUGGGCUUUUGUAGAAUGGGGGAGUUUAGAGACCGGGUGGAGGUGGAUGGUUGGUUUGGGUGCGGUUCCUGCAGCGGUGGUGGAUGAAGUUUUGAAGGGAAUUGAAAGGGAAGUGAGAGAGGAAGAUGAGGCAAAAAGGUUAAGAGAGAUGGCGAGGAAAACUAAGGGAUCGGAGGACUCUUGGAUAAGUGACGCGAAGGAUAGCUGGGAAGAAUUGAUAGGAGUUGGAGGAAACAGGAGAGCCUUGACAAUUGCCUGUCUUCUCCAAGGUCUUCAACAGUUAUGUGGUUUCAACUCACUCAUGUACUUCAGCGCCACAAUCUUCACCAUUGUGGGGUUCUCCUCCCCAACUCUUACAUCCCUCUCCGUUGCACUCACAAACUUCAUUCUAACAUGUGCCGCUCUCAUGCUUAUCGACCGCAUCGGUCGUCGUCGUAUCCUCCUCAUUUCAAUCCCCAUAAUGGUUAUAGGACUCCUCCUCUGCUCCAUAGGCUUCCACUUCAUGGAUCUCCCUUCCACCCUCUCCUCCACUACAUCCUCCUCCACUUCUACAUCCCGCAUCCCACCCCUCAUAAUCCUAAUAGCAAUAAUGCUCUAUACCGCAGCCUUCGCUCUCGGUCUCGGAAACGUCCCAUGGAUGCAAUCCGAGCUCUUCCCCCUCUCAGUCCGCUCCCUCGGCUCUUCUCUCUCUACUUGUACAAACUGGUCGGCGAAUUUCAUUAUAGGACUUACGUUUCUUCCAAUGAUGGAACAGCUAACUCCGACGUGGACAUUUGUUGUGUAUGCGGUGGUAUGCGCGGUUGGAUGGUGGGCCAUUUGGUGGGUGUAUCCGGAGACGAAGGGGUUGGGAUUAGAGGAGGUGGGCUUGUUGUUGAGGGAUGGGUGGGGCGUUAGAGGACAGAAGGGGCGAGAGGGAAUAAAUGAUGAAGAACAGAGGGAGGAGAGAGGGUAG